AUGUCGUCUUCAUCCAGAUCGGGGCUGACUUUGGAUGCGUGCCGCUCGCCGCCAGGGUCAAGUCAUACAUCAUUUCGCAGCGUCAACGGCAGCGCACCGUGGACGAGCGCUCGCUUCGGCUGCCGACAAACUUCAACAUUACCACGAACACCUUCUGCAUCGCAUCACAGUAGCACUGUAAAGCAGAGCCAGAUCGAGCUGCCAGUGUCGUUCCUACGCAGCUUCAGCACCUCCUCCAUCACUCCGUCGCCAACCUCACCCUCCACUGCACCGAGCAUCUUCAACGUGCUCUACUCCAACUUCCCCCGACUACGAUCGCAAGAUACACCAGGACGAAUCACCAACCGGGAACGCCGUCGACCCUCCCCCCUCUUCGACCGACCCAAACCCCCACCCUCCUCACCACCGCCACCGUCCUCGCGCCCCCCUUCCACGUCCACCAUUGCCGCCCUCAUCGCGCUCUCCGACCGGCACCUCUCCCGCCUCCCGCGCAACUUUGUCCUGUACACCAUCCUGCUCCUCAACUUCCUCGUCUUCGCCAGCUGGAUGUACGCCUCGGAAUCGCUGCGCAAGUUCUCCGAUCCACGCCCUUACAUCUUCCUCUCGAAGAACUUCCUCUCCGGACUCACCAACGUUCGCGAAGGGCGGUGGUGGACGAUGCUCACCUCGUGCGUUUCGCACGAACAGCUCAACCACUUCCUCGUCAACAUGGUCUCCCUCGCAUUCAUGGCUCCACCCGUGCUCGCUCUGACGGGUCCUACGACCUUUGUGCUGCUGUACUUCGGUGCAGGCGUCGUCAGCAGCAUCGUAUCCAUGAUCGGGAAAAGUCUCGUACCACCCGAACAAAAGAGAGGCGGUGUAGGGGGAAGUGGGUUCAGCCAUGGAGCGAGUGGAUCGGUGUAUGCGAUCAUGUCUACGUUCGCGUGUGUUCAUCCGACGGCGACGUUUUUGAUCUUCUUCGUGAUCCCGGCGCCGGCGUGGGCGUGCGUCAGUGGGAUCUUCGCUUGGGACCUCUGGCACGCUGCGAAGACGCCGAAGGGUAGAACGGAUAGCGCGGGUCAUGUAGGCGGUAUUCUGGCGGGAAUCGCCUUCUGGAGGUUCGGAUUGAGAGGCGUACGUCUACAAUGA